CGCGGCGCUCGGUUGCCGGGCGGGGGAGGGCUCGUCCGGUUUUUCUCAGGGGACGUUCAAAUUAUUUUUGUAACGGGAGUCGGCAGAGGACGGGGCGUGCCCGACGUGCGCGUGUCCUCCCUCCCCGGCCCUCCUCCAGCGUCCACCGGCGCCUGCCCUGCGAGGGCGUCAUGCCGCCCAAAACCCCCCGUAGAGCAGCAGCCGCCGCCGCUGCCGCGGAGCCCCCGCCGCCUCCCCCGCCGCCUCCUCCUGAGGAGGACCCCGAGCAGGAUAGCGGCCCCGAGGACCUGCCUCUGGCCAGGCUUGAGUUUGAAGAAACUGAAGAACCUGAUUUUACUGCAUUAUGUCAGAAAUUAAGGAUACCAGAUCAUGUCAGAGAAAGAGCUUGGUUAACUUGGGAGAAAGUUUCAUCUGUGGAUGGAGUCUUGGAAGGUUAUGUUCAAAAGAAAAAGGAACUAUGGGGAAUUUGUAUCUUUAUUGCAGCAGUUGACCUAGAUGAGAUGCCAUUCACUUUCACUGAGCUGCAGAAAAACAUUGAAACCAGUGUCUAUAAAUUUUUUGACUUACUAAAAGAAAUCGAUACCAGUAUCAAAGUUGAUAAUGUUAUGUCAAGACUGUUGAAGAAGUAUAAUGUGUUGUGUGCACUCUACAGCAAAUUAGAAAGAACAUGUGAACUUAUAUAUUUGUCACAACCCAGCAGUUCGAUAUCUACGGAAAUAAAUUCUAUGUUGGUGCUAAAAGUUUCUUGGCUCACGUUUUUACUAGCUAAAGGGCAAGUUUUACAAAUGGAAGAUGAUCUGGUGAUCUCAUUUCAGUUAAUGCUGUGUGUCCUUGACUAUUUUAUCAAACUCUCACCUCCCGCAUUACUCAAAGAACCAUACAAAACAGCUGUAAUACCUAUUAAUGGUUCACCUCGAACACCAAGGCGAGGUCAGAACAGGAGUGCACGGAUAGCAAAACAACUAGAAAAUGAUACAAGAAUUAUUGAAGUUCUCUGUAAAGAACAUGAAUGUAAUAUAGAUGAGGUGAAAAAUGUUUAUUUCAAAAAUUUUAUACCUUUUAUGAAUUCUCUUGGAAUUGUAGCUUCUAACGGACUUCCAGAGCAGUUGGUCACUUAUGGCUUUAGUCAUUGUGGCUUAAGUAGAUUAGUACAUGUACACGUCAUAGAAGCAAUAUAUUUAAAAGUUGAGGAAGAGACUGUCAUGAAUACUAUCCAGCAAUUAAUGAUGAUCUUAAAUUCAGCAAGUGAUCAACCGUCAGAAAAUCUGAUUUCCUAUUUUAAUAAUUGCACAGUGAAUCCAAAGGAAAGCAUCCUGAAAAGAGUGAAGGAUAUUGGGUACAUCUUUAAAGAGAAAUUUGCUAAAGCUGUGGGACAGGGAUGUAUGGAAAUUGGAUCACAGCGAUACAAACUUGGAGUCCGAUUGUAUUACCGAGUAAUGGAAUCCAUGCUUAAAUCAGAAGAAGAACGAUUAUCCAUUCAAAAUUUUAGCAAACUCCUGAAUGACAACAUCUUUCAUAUGUCUUUGUUGGCAUGCGCUCUUGAGGUUGUAAUGGCUACAUAUAGCAGAAGUACAUCUCAGAAUCUGGAUACUGGAACAGAUUUGUCCUUCCCUUGGAUUCUGAAUGUACUUAAUUUAAAAGCUUUUGAUUUUUACAAAGUGAUUGAAAGUUUUAUCAAAGCAGAAGCCAACUUGACCAGAGAAAUGAUUAAACAUUUAGAACGAUGUGAACAUCGAAUCAUGGAAUCCCUUGCCUGGCUCUCAGAGUCACCUUUAUUUGAUCUUAUUAAACAAGCAAAGGACCGAGAAGGACCAGCUGAUCACCUUGAACCUGCUUGUACUCUCAACCUUCCUCUCCAGAAUAAUCACACUGCAGCAGAUAUGUAUCUUUCUCCUGUAAGAUCCCCAAAGAAAAAAGGGUCAACUACACGUGUAAAUUCUACUGCAAAUUCAGAGGCACAAGCAACCUCAGCCUUCCAGACUCAGAAGCCAUUGAAAUCUACCUCCCUUUCACUCUUUUACAAAAAAGUGUAUCGACUAGCAUAUCUUCGACUAAAUACCCUGUGUGCACGCCUUCUGUCUGACCACCCAGAACUAGAACAUAUUAUCUGGACCCUUUUCCAACACACACUGCAAAAUGAGUAUGAACUCAUGAGAGACAGGCAUUUGGACCAGAUUAUGAUGUGUUCCAUGUAUGGCAUAUGCAAAGUGAAGAAUAUAGACCUUAAAUUCAAAAUCAUUGUAACAGCAUACAAAGAUCUUCCUCAUGCUGUUCAGGAGACAUUCAAACAUGUUUUGAUCAGAGAAGAGGAGUAUGAUUCUAUUAUCGUAUUCUAUAAUUCAGUCUUCAUGCAGAGACUGAAAACAAAUAUUUUGCAGUAUGCUUCCACCAGGCCCCCUACCUUGUCACCAAUUCCUCACAUUCCUCGAAGCCCUUACAAGUUUUCUAGCUCACCUUUACGGGUUCCUGGGGGGAACAUCUACAUAUCACCCCUGAAGAAUCCGUAUAAAAUUUCAGAAGGUCUGCCUAUGCCAGCAAAAAUGACUCCAAGAUCAAGGAUCUUAGUAUCAAUUGGUGAAUCAUUUGGGACUUCUGAGAAGUUCCAGAAAAUAAAUCAAAUGGUGUGUAACAGCGACCGUGUGCUCAAAAGAAGUGCUGAAGGAAGCAACCCUCCUAAACCACUGAAAAAACUGCGCUUUGACAUUGAAGGAUCGGAUGAAGCAGAUGGAAGUAAACAUCUCCCAGGGGAGUCCAAAUUUCAACAGAAACUGGCAGAAAUGACAUCUACUCGAACACGAAUGCAAAAGCAGAAAAUGAAUGAUAGCACGGAUACCUCAAACAGGGAAGAAAAGUGAGGACCUCACGACCUUGGUGGGCACCCUGUACAUCUCCGGCUUCAUUGUCUCCCACAGAUCUGACUGUAGAACUCUCCCAGGUUCUGUUUACGGCCACAUUUGAUACAUACCUUCAGCUCUUUUUGUGGAUAGCACAGUUGAGUGUUUGUGCAGGGGAUUCCUAAGCCACUUGCAACAUUGUAGUCACUAGAACAUGCAUUGUUAUUGUACAAGAUUGAAAAUCCUGUGCCAGUCCUGCCAUUUAAAAAGCUGUAGCAGAUGUUUCCAUUUCCAAAAUACAGUAAGUCCCCUACAUACGAACCUUCAAGAUACGAACUUUCAAAGAUGCGAACAAUUGAAUCCAGCAAGGAACCAGAACCUGUGCCAUUAAUGU